UCACGAUGGAAGGCCAAAAUAAAAAGAAAUUCGUUGGCAAGCGUGGAAAAGCGCCUCGUGGGAAAGCACCGCCUGGGAAGAGGAAAUUUAAGAAAGAUAAUGAUUCUGGUCCCCCAAAGAAGUUUCAUAGCAAGGGAGAUGAGGAGGGAAAGCCCAAAUCCAUUUCCAAGAAAUUUGUGAAAGGAAACUUAAGACCUGGAAAAGCUAGUGUCAAAAAAUUCAAGAAUAAGCAACAACCGGAAAAACCUGCGAAGAAGAGAAAACUCCAGGAUGGUGAAGAGAAAGGACCAGAUUCUAAGAAACCUAAAUGGAGUGAAUUCAAAAAGAAAAGGAAGGAAUUAAAGCAAAGCAGACAACUCAAUGACAAAAGCAACUAUGACAUAAUUGUGAAAUCAAAGCAAAUAUGGGAAAAUGUGAGAAGGAAGAAAUGUGAUAAGGCACAGCGAGAAAAGCUAAUGAAUGAACUACAAAAGCUACUUCAUGGGAAAAUUAAAAGUUUGGCAUUUGCCCAUGAUUCAACCAGAGUGAUCCAGUGCUUUAUCCAGUAUGGUAACAACGAGCAAAGGCAGGAGACAUUUGAAGAACUAAAAGAUAGCCUUGUAGAGUUGAGUAAGUCAAAAUAUUCCAGGAAUAUAGUGAAGAAAUUUCUUAUGUAUGGGACAAAACAACAAGUUGCAGAAAUAAUGAAAAGUUUUAAAGGCCACGUGAGAAAAAUGCUCCGUCAUGCUGAAGCAUCUGCUGUAGUGGAGUAUGCGUAUAACGACAAAGCUGUUUUGGAGCAGAGGAAUAUGCUGACAGAAGAACUCUAUGGAAACACAUUCCAGGUUUAUAAGACACCAGUUGACCCAACACUGGAUAAAGUGUUAGAAGCUCAGCCUGAAAAGAGAGAGGCCAUUCUGGAUGAAAUGAAACAGAUUCUUACACCAAUGGCACAGAAGUAAGAAAUGAUAGAAGCCAUCAGGGAAGCUGUCAUCUACCUGGCACACACUCAUGAUGGAGCACGAGUAGCUAUGCACUGUUUAUGGCAUGGUACUCCUAAGGACAGAAAAGUCAUCGUGAAAACCAUGAAGACAUAUAUUGAAAAAAUAGCAACAGGUGAAUUUUCUCAUUUGGUCUUGCUGGCAGCAUUUGAUUGCAUCGACGAUACUAAACUUGUGAAACAGUUAAUUAUAUCUGAAAUAAAUGCUUCCUUGCCUAGUAUAGUAAACAACAAACAUGGAAAGAAGGUCUUGUUGUACUUGCUAAGUCCUAGAGACCCUGCACAUUUUGUGCCAGAAAUCAUCACACUUCUUCAGCAAGGAGAUGGAAAUGCCCAUAGCAAGAAGAAUACAGAGCUCCGUCGCCGUGAACUCCUGGAAGCCAUUUCCUCACCUUUGCUAGAGUAUUUGCAAGAACACACUCAAGAAGUGGUGAUGGACAAAAGUACGUUUGUCCUAGUUGCUGACAUCUUGGGAACAGCUCUUGGAGACAUCCAGCCUGCACUAGAUGCAAUUGCCAGUUUGGCAGCAGAAGAGCUGGUUCCAGGUGGCUGUGAUGGGCAGCUUCACAUUGCUGAGCAUCCAGCAGGCCAUCUAGUUUUGAAGUGGUUAAUUGAGCAAGAUGAAAAAAUGAAAGAGAGUGGAAAAGAAGUUUGUUUUGGAAGAACAUUACUGGAACGUGUUGGUAUUGAGAAUAUGAAGUCAUGGGCCGAAGUGAACCGAGGUGCCAUAGUUCUUUGUUGCCUUCUCCGGAGUACUGAUCAAAAAGUGGCAAAUGCAGUCAAAAAAGGACUGAAAAGUCUUGUCCCAAAGUUGAAGCAAAAUAAAAAUGCUAAAGGCAUAGAAGCAUUACUAGAGAAAUUGACAUCGUAGUGUCAGUGAAGCUAA